CAUUUGAGUUGUUCGUAACAAAAUGAAGUAUGUUGAAAAGUGACUCUGUUGUUUGGUUUUCUGUUCUUAGUAGUACGGUAGUUUUGAGCUGAUUUGGUGUAUGUUAGGUAACGAGAAGCUUUCAAUUGAUUGACCUCCCGGGUGUACUGAAUGAAUGAAACGGAGACUCGCAGUAGCGCCACUCAAGCGAAUAAAAUCCUUUCGCUCUGCUGGAACUUGGGAAAUUUAGCCGCUGCCUACUAUGACAUUGACCAGCUCGAACUGUACGCCAUACAGCAGGCGGACGAACCGAGACCUCAGUACGCAUCGAUUAGGAACCUGAUUCGACAGUACUGCCCUUUAUUUCAUCUGGUUUCCGGCCCGGAGGAGUUUAUCAGCGAUGUGCCGGCAUUGUUACAGCUUCCGGAUGGUACAAGGCUGCAGCGAUUGGGAGUAGGAAAUAUAGAAUCUUCCGAAAAAGCUCGCAUAUGCGAUUUCGGCCCCAAAGCAAUCAACGCAAGUUUUGCACGAGUUCUCGUUUGGAAUCUACCGGGAAUACCACCGCAAGCUACCGAUUCCGAACGGCGGAUAUUCUGGGAAAGCAUCGUACCUUUCAAUCAGCAACUACUAAUCCAUGCCGUCGCUUGUCUGCUAAAGCUACUCGAUCUGAUGAAUAUUGAAGGACCUGUGCUGACUAGAAUCAUUGUCCUGGCUCCCGAGUCGCAACUAAUGAUCGACGAUCUAUCCUACCAGGCGCUGCAAAUUUUCAACUCACGUAUGCACCCAUCCGGGUUCAAACGGAACCUGGAAGCCGGUUCGUGUUCGGUUUUUAACUUAUUCAAUCGAUGUUCAUCCAAAAUUGGGAAGGCAGAGCUGAAGAUCAUAAUGCGGCAACCAAUACGAGAUGUUGUAGAGCUGGGCAAACGAUUCGAUACCAUCCAAUGGUUGAUUGAUUCCGACAGGAGUGAAAUUGUUCAUGAAAUGAAAAGUCUGAUCGGAAAUUUGAGCAACGUGAAACUAUUGUACCGGAAAAUUGUGACUAAAACGGCUAAAAUCUGCGAUUGGGUUUCCUUUAAAAAAAGUAUCUACUAUAGCUUUCUACUCUGCAAACUUUGUGCAGCUUCUAGUGAUCCAAGCGUCGGUGGGACCCCCAUUGAUAUGCUUUCGAGAUUUGUUUUGGAGUCGAACAACGUCCUUAAACAACUUCUGUUCACGAUAGAUGAACUUGUGGACUUGGAACGAGGCGAACGAGAAGGAAAAUUUUCCGUGAAAUUCGGUAUCGAUCGUAAACUAGACCAGAUUCGUCAUGUCAUCGAUGAAAGCGGAGCUACAAUUCUGGAAACCUCCCGUUGGGACAUUGAAAACCUUCCCAUCUGCUGGGACGAUCUUUAUGUGACGUUCCUUCCCAGUUAUGGUUUCGUGUUCAGUACCAGUGUGACGGAAGAGUUGGCGGAUCCAAACAUUUUCGAACGAUCCUCGAUGAGUAUGUUGCUACAAUCGGACAAUACCGUGUACUUCCAGAAUGACCUAUGUCGAGUGCUCAACGGUCAGUUCAUCAAUCAACUGGCGGAGAUGCACGAUCGAGAACAGGCGAUUGUUGACAAGCUGAUAGCCUUUAUCGAACAAGUGAUCCCGGUAAUCUUUGACAUCUUCAACCUGGCCGCUAGGGUGGAUGUUUUUCUAGCUUUUGCGUCGGUUGCCGAAAGCCAGGGAUACACUCGACCAACGGUAACCGAAAAGAAGGUUCUACGCAUUGAAGUCGGUCGUCAUCCUCUGUUGGAACAGUUCAGAUCCUAUAAUCCCAAUGAUACUGACAUUGGAGGAACGAAUGAGCAUUUUAUGCUUAUCUUAGCGUCGGAUGAAUCCAUCGGUAAAACAAUCUACUUGAAGGAAAUCGCUUUGAUCUGCUAUCUAGCGCACAUCGGUUCGUUCGUUCCGGCACAAGCAGCUACGAUUGCAUUACUAGAUUCGAUCUACACACGGCUGGAUUAUCCGGAAUCCGUGUUCAGUGGGAAGUCCUCCUUUAUGGGCGAACUCCAUCAAAUGUCGGUCAUUCUACAGAACGCUUCGUCCAGAUCGUUGGUAAUGAUCGAUGAAUUCGGGAAAGGAACUACCUACUCGGAAGGAAAAUCGUUGCUAAUCUCGAGCAUUGAAUAUCUGCUUCAGAAAGGUGACCAAAUGCCGCUCACUUUAAUAGCAACACAGUUUACCGCAAUUGCAAACUACCUCAAUGAAAACAAAUUUCUUCGGAUCUACCAAGCUCACAAGGAGAAAUCGGAUGAGGCAGAACAAAGUUCGUUGUCGGAAACAAGCUCUUCAACGGACUGUCAAGCAAUCUUUCCAACAGCCAGCCAAACGAUGGCCCUCACACUGCUGAAGAACUUUCUGAACAACGAAAUCAUUGAUCCACGAUUGGUUGUUCAGCUCUACAAAUCCAUGCCCAUCACGCAAGCUUCGACAUUUUGAAGGCUGCAC